AAAACAUUAAGCUAAUCCCAUUCAUCCAGAAACAAACAACGUGGCAAGAAAUCAACAAUGGCAGCUCAAACAACUCCAUCUCCGAUCAAAACAGUGGUCGUUUUGGUUCAAGAGAACCGUUCCUUCGACCACAUGUUAGGGUGGUUCAAAACACUAAACCCAGAGAUCGACGGCGUCACAGGCUCCGAAUCCAACCCCAUUUCCACCUCCGGCCCGACCUCCACCCACUUCACCUUCAAGGACACCGCCGCCUACGUUGAUCCCAACCCCGACCACUCGUUCCAAGCCAUAUACGAACAAGUAUCCGGUAAACCAUGGGAUUUCAACAACCCGGACCCGAAUCCGGAGAUAAAAAUGAACGGGUUCGUACAAAACGCCGAACGUACAACGCCGGGGUUGUCGGAGACGGUCAUGAAUGGGUUUAAACCGGAGAUGGUGCCGGUGUUCAAGGAGUUGGUGACGGAGUUCGCGGUUUGUGAUAGGUGGUUUGCGUCGUUGCCGACGUCGACGCAGUCUAACAGGCUUUACUUACACUCGGCGACGUCGCGUGGGGCCAUGAGCAACGAUACGCAGAAGCUGAUCGAAGGAUAUCCACAGAAAACUAUAUUUGAGUCACUGGAAGAGAACGGAUAUACCUUCGGGAUUUAUCAUCAAUCUUUCCCAGCAACGCUUUUUUACAGGAACCUCAGGAACGUGAAAUAUGUGGACAAUUUCAGUAAUUACGAUCUCAGCUUCAAGCGUGACUGUAAGAAUGGAAAGCUACCAAAUUAUGUGGUGAUCGAGCCCCGAUACUUCGACAUAUUAACCGCAGGUGCGAACGACGACCACCCUUCCCACGACGUUUCAGAGGGCCAGAAGUUUGUGAAGGAAAUCUAUGAAGCACUUAGAUCAAGUCCUCAAUGGAAUGAAAUCCUGUUCCUGAUUACAUAUGAUGAACAUGGUGGUUUCUAUGACCAUGUUCCGACCCCCACCGGAGUCCCUAGUCCUGAUGAUAUCGUCAGCUCCGGGCCUUACAACUUCAAGUUCGAUCGCCUCGGAUGCAGGGUUCCUGCCAUAUUGGUUUCUCCAUGGAUAGAGCCCGGAACAGUGUUGCAUAGGCCAUCAGGGCCACAUCCGACAUCAGAGUUCGAGCACUCCUCCAUUCCAGCAACUGUCAAGAAGAUUUUCAAUCUGAAAGAAUUUUUAACAAAGCGUGAUGCAUGGGCCGGUUCCUUUGAUAUUGUUGUCAAUCGAAGCACCCCAAGAACAGAUUGUCCUGAAAAACUGGCUGAGCCGGUGAAAAUGAGACACACCGAUGCAAAAGAAACAGCAAAACUAAGCGAUUUUCAACAAGAGUUGGUGCAAGUGGCAACAGCAUUGAAAGGAGAUCCAUUGAAAGUUGUUGACAACAUGACAGUCUCUUCUGGUCUCAAGUACGUUGAAGAUGCGUUCAGUAAGUUCUAUGAUGGAGGCAAGAAAGCCAAGAAAAUCAAUGGAGUUGACGAUAUUGUUUCAGCUGUUGCAUCGGGGGCAAAAACUUCCACAACUUUCGUCAAGAACAUUUUCUCUUGAUUGGUCUCAGAUCAUUCAUCAAAUACAAACACGAUCACCAAAGAAUCUGCCAUGUUUCGAUCCAUCUUCUUUUCCACCAGAUGCUUGCAAUUUGAAUAAAUACGGAGUUAGAAAAGUCAGAAUGCCUAUCUACUUUGGAAGGAGCUUGUUUGUAAGAGUUAGAACUAUCCAGUCGUGUAUUGUGUUUAUUUAUCUUUUAAUACUUAGUAUUAAAGAUAUUAUGGAGUUCCUCUUUUUCUUGCCUAUUACAUAAAAAACUAUUUUCUUUA